AUGUCCGAGACGAGCUUUUCAAGGAAACUCGUCAGCGUACUCUUUGGUGUACCGUUUAUUAUUCUUAUUUUUGCUUGUCCCGUUUUUGAAAUUCUCAAGCUUGAGUAUUUUAACAGAACAAACGAAAAACUUGUUUAUGAUACGAAUGUUGAAUACACCUACUUGGUUCUCUCGUUAAUUGCACCUAUUUCGUACACGAUUUUUACGAUUCAUGAAUUAGGAGAUAUACCAUUUACAUGUCCAAAAGAUUCCAAUUAUUCCGCACAAGUUCAAAAUGCAUGUCGAGUACGCGCAAUAAAUUUAGUGCUAAUGUGGACUUUUGCAUUCUUCUUGAUCAUGAAUAUUUUGUCAUUUGUGUUUGAAAUGUAUUCAUUUAACGAAAAUGGUGGAGGUAAAUUUGUUGAAAGAUCAAUACCAAAAAUUCUCUAUGAUGAUAAAGAUGAUGAAAAUACGCAGAGAUAUUUAUCACCUAUCACACAACCUCCACUUGGAACUGAUAGUAAAGGUGGAGAACAGCAUCAAUUUAGUAAAAUUGAAUUAGUUGUUUAUACUCAUUAUACAAGGGACGAUAUUGGGGAUAUACCGUUUAGUUGUCCGUCAGAUUAUCCAUACCCAAUUCCAAAACUUCGUUUGGCAUGCAUUAUAAGGGCUACCAAUUUUAUUUUCAUGUGGAUGUAUACAUGCUUAAAUAUUGUUUUUUUACUGGCCGCCUUUUCUGGAAUUUUGCCUACGGAAGAUGAACUAAAGAGAGAAAAGAAAGAACUUAACAUCAAAACCGUUCUUGAAGGUAUAGAUAUUGAAGACGAUGAAAUAAGGAAAGGGGUAGAAGGAGAAAAUUUCAUUUUACGCGUGGAAUUUAAUGGUAUCAGAGAGAAGAAGCGAAUCGUUAAUCAGGUACAAAGGAGACCGAGGCAGAAUAGCAAAUGUGGUAGUGAUGUUGGAGCAAUGUUGGUUCGUUUGGACAAUGGAAAGAGAUAG